CUCUGUUGGACCCAGGUGCUGCUCCCGCACAAACUACAGGAACAAGGAAGGAAGAGGUUGUUCCUGUUCUGUGUGACUUGUUGCUGAUCCUGCAGCUGAGGUCCAGCAUCUGACUGUAGAGCAGUCAGCAGCUCCCUUCUUUUAAUCGCCUUUCCUCAGCAUGGAUACCUGGCGGAGAGGGUCCAUUAAGUCUUCCACGUUCUUCAGGCGCUUCUCACUCAGGAGACACAAAAAGCUGGGCAAUCAAGUCAUCAUCUUGAAUCAGAACAGCCACACUCUGGACAAUGAUGGACAGUGCCAGAAGAGGGAAUGCUUAAGGGAUCUGAAGGACAAGUCUGAUUACCUGUCAUGUCAGAGUGAGCAAAACCUAGCCAAGGCACAAGCACCUCCCAAGCCUCCUCGGCUCUACCUGGACAGUUCUAGCUGCCCUAACAUCAUUGAUCACACAGAUUCUCACUCUGACAUCUCCUUUUCUGGUGCUGCUCAUCAAUACCAUAAAGCCACUCAAACUCACUUCCAAAAAGAUCAGGCUUCAGACUGUGGGACCGCAGAGACAGGUUCCCGCAACGGCACACCUCUUUCUGAUCUGUCUGAUCCCCUUCUGUCCUUCAAAGUGGAUUUGGGGCUAUCGCUUCUUGAGGAUGUUCUGCAGACCCUCAGAAAACAGAACCCAAGAGAUUAUGCCAUUUGAAGGUAUUUCCCACUUAAUGUAUCACAUUUACCUACUGACAUUGCUAGUUUCUCCAGUCCUGACAAGGGGAAGGAUGCUGCAGCGUCCCUGUUCUAAGUAGCCUGUUUUGUUGUUCUUGCCUGACCCCUCGCAGACUGUUCUCGUCCCUGCUAAGGAGCCCUUUGGAGCAGAGCUGUCAGGCUGCAUGCCU